AGGAUCAGCCUGUCAGGGAGCUCUCCCAGUUCCUCCCUGGCUCUGCCCAGGGAGGCAGGAGCCAAUUCCAGACAAGCUGAGCAGGAGAGAAAGGCCAAGCCAUCUUCCUCUCUCUGGAGGACCCUCUCCUCUCUUGGGGGUUCCUCGGGGCCCUGGGUCUACCAUCAGGAUGCUAGCUCUUGAGCAAGCCUGAGAACUCUCAAAAUGUUCUCGCAGGUCCAAAACCGCGGCACAUCUGAGCACAGCGCCGGGCUAGAGACCCCGCUGCGGGCCCCCAGCCAACGCUGCUGGUUCAUCCUUGAUCCGUUUGGCAUCCUGUGUGCCAUGGGCGCGUGGGCGCUGGUGCUGAGCGGAGGAUGGGUACUAUUCCGGGACCUGCUUAUACCAUCUAACAACAUGUUGUACAUAGUGGCCAAUGGUGUGGUCUUCCAUCUGCUAGCCUCACUGGCACUCGUGUCACACCUACGGACUAUGUUGACCGACCCAGGCUCUGUGCCCCUGGGUAACCCGCCUGGGCCUGACACAGUGUCCUACUGUCCCGACUGCCAGUCUGCCAUACCAAAGAGAACUUACCACUGUACAGUGUGCAAGCGCUGCAUCCGCAAGAACGACCACCACUGUCCCUGGAUCAACAACUGCGUGGGUGAGGACAACCAGAAGUACUUCUUGCUUUUCACAAUGUACCUUGGACUUACCUCGAUCCACGUUCUGCUCCUGCUGGGCAUCUCUGUCCUGUGCAGCUACGCCCGGGGAGAGUGGAAUUCGAGCAGUGCUGUGUCCCCACCUGCCCCUAUCUUUUUCCUCCUCCUGGUGUCAUUGAUGGGCUUCAUCCUUGGCUUGGCGAUGCUCUGUAGCCAAUUGUGCACCAUCUACACAGACAAAACUGCAACGGAGCUGCUGUAUCAUAACAGACACUCAAGGCACAGACGGUCCAAGUGUGCAAAGUUGAAGGCCGUUUGUGGCUCCCACAUCUCUCUGGCCUGGUUCAGUCCUUUUCAUUCCCCAGGACAUUACAAAGUGAGUGAGCAGCACAAUAUGGCCUAAGUCAUUCACGGGUGUCCAGAGCAAAGCACAGCGACACACAAACUUGAACAAGCCGGCUCCCUGAAGGAAACCAACAUGGCAGAGUAAAAAAAGUAAUAUAUCUCAGAUUUUCUUGCUGGACAAAACAGGAGAGGAAAGUCAGUUGUUGGGGAAACCCAGAGGAAAUUGAGCUCCCUGGGCCCUACUGUGGCUCUACCAUGCUGUCAAAUGGAAAACAAUUAAACGCAUCCCUGUGACUACC